UGAAAAAACUUGGAAGGAUGGAAAUGGAAGUGAUAUCAAGAGAGAGCAUCAAACCGUGUUCCCCCACUCCAACACACCUCAGAAACUACCCUCUCUCCUUGUUCGACAAUGCCGUUUCUCCAAACUCAGUCCCAUUAAUUUACUUUUAUGCCCCUCAAGAAUCUCCCGACGAAGCCGCCAAAAUAUCGCUUCUCAAGAAAUCCCUAUCCCAAGCUCUAUGCAAAUACUACCCUUUUGCCGGCAGGUUCAAAGAUCCAACCUCCGUACACUGCAACGAUGAAGGCGUCUCCCUUGUGGUCACCAGAAUCAAAACCAAGAAUCUCUCCAACAUUCUCCGCAACCCAACGGACGCCCUCUUGAGCCCCUUGUUCCCCGACGAGCUGCAGUGGAAGGAUAUGGGCUUGGACUCGAGCUUGUUGGCAGUUCAAAUUAACUGUUUCGCGUGCGGCGGAAUGGCCAUAACCGUAUGCAUGUGUCACAAGGUUGGUGACGCUUCCACUUUGUUCAACUUCUUCAACGAUUGGUCAACGCUCACCCAACAACCUCACAUCACAGUAGCCUUACCCCAUCUUGGAGCUUCGCUUUUCCCACAAAGCCACUUCCCACUUCCCCGCCAAUAUUCCUUCGUCCCUCACCACAACAUGGUGUGUAGAAGGCUUGUGUUCGAAGGUUCCAAAAUUGAUUCACUUAAGGCCUUGGUUUCGUCGUCGUCGUCUUCUCAGAAGGUGGAGAACCCUACUAGGUUUGAGGUUGUGGUUGCACUGAUUUACAAGUGUGCUGUUUCGGCGUUGGGAUUGAGUGCUAGCAACACGCUCUUGCGUGUUGCCAUCAACUUCCGCAAGAGAAUGAUUCCUCCGCUGCCGGACAAGUCCUUAGGGAACUUGGUUUCGAGCUUCUAUGCUUCCUCCAUGGACAAUGAUGAAGUGGAGUUGCACGAGUUGGUGACCAAAACAAGAGAAGGGCUAGCUUUGUUUUGUGACAAGUAUGUAAGAAACUUUGGGGACUUGAAAUUCGUGUCGGAGUUCCUAAGAUUCGGACAAGCUGUUACUACUGAUAAUAAGACUAGUUGUGAGGAUGGGGAGAAAAAGAAGAAGAAGAAAGAUAUGAUUUUUUUCUCUGGGUGGUGUAGGUUUUCGGCGUAUGAAGCGGAUUUUGGGUGGGGGAAGCCAGUGUGGGUGACCACUGUUUUGUGUCCUGUGAAGAACAGCGUGGUUUUGAUGGAUACAAGAGAUGGAAAAGGGAUUGAAGCGGUUGUGUGCAUGCUUGACAAAGACAUGGCCAUGUUUGAGCGUCACGUUCAUCUUCUUCGCUAUGCUUCUCUUGAACCAAACCGUUGGACAUGCUCAUCAUGUUCUUGAACAAGAGUGUGUACUCUAAUAUUAAGAAAUAAAUAACAAGUUAAGCAAAGUUUGAUCUAAAUA